UCAUGGGGCCCCCGGGCAAUAGGGGAUCAUGGGGCCCCUGUGUCCUUGCCCAAACUCAAAAAAGCCUAUGAAAAAUGUACCAGGGGCAUCUCAUGGGGCCCCCUACUGACCCCGGGCCCUCGGACAGUGCCCGAGUUUCCAAAUGGUCAGUCCGCCCCUGCUCCUGUCCCUUCUGUAUUGAUCUGUAUUGCAAUUGUAAUGUCUCCCUUUAUAUUUUGGCACUAUAUAAAUCCCAUAAUAUAAUAAUACCUCUAGGAUGAACUUCCACUUUCACGGU